AUGAGAACAGCGGCAGCGGAGGCAGAAGCGGAGGACUCGUUGUUUCUGGAAUCCAACUGUCCUACAUACCCGAACCCGGACUCAGAAUUUGAGAAGGCUGUUUCUCUGGCGCGCUUGGAAGAGGCCUUCCGGCGCCUUCCCUCUGGCGGCUCCUACGGGGGAAUGCCUCUGGGCACGAGUGGUCCCAACGGGGAGAGCGCUGCUUCUACUGUACAUCGCCAUAUUGCCUGUGCGCUGACGCUUCAUCAGGACUUCGCGGGAGUCUUCUCCGGAGGCGCAAGGACCCCCUCAGGCACCGGGCUCUUUACCGCAUUGCAGGAGUUUUCAGCAUUCCUAACCUCUGCACUUCUGAAGACCAACUUCUUCCGUUCUUUCGAAAAGUCGACACACAUGAGACAUUGUGAAGAAGUAGAAGAUGCGCCUUGCGCAGAAGGCGUGACCUAUCACCCGCGCGGGCCGUCAGGGAUCGAGGGAAACAAAGCUUAUGCGGCCUUUGGAGAUUUCGCGUUUGGAGAUAGGAGCAAGCUUCUUACGCGCCCGGAUCUCCUGGGAAGGCAGGAUGUGGCUGCAUGGGUUGCUGCCCUGUGGCAUUGGACGCGAGAACGCCCCUAUGGAUAUGACUGCGAGCACUGGCCCUUAGGUCGAGGAAUGGUUUCACCUCACCGCGCUAUGCAGAGCUGGGACAGCUCUCUCCCUGCAGCAGAAGUAACGCCCUUGCUUCAGGCGGUCAAGGACUACCCAACCGACGAACCCUCUUUAGCUGCAGUAGCAACGCCCUUUGGAGGAUUGGGUCUCGCUCUGUCCGUGAUCCUCGGAGAAGCUGCAUGCUGCCCUCCAGCUGUCGGGGCCCUUCGACGAUCCCAGGAAGUCCCACAGACCACAAGGCAGCAAUGGGUUACUCCCCAUAAGGUAGACGAGACAUCUACGUUGCUCCUUCCGGCUGAUUCUGCUGGCCAGCAGACGCAGCAGGAGCAGCUUCGACAGCAACAAGAGCAAAAGCAAUUCGUGCAUGGGGGCCUGCCGCCUGCGAUACCAGGAAGGGAACAGGCUGCUCGCUUUGACGCCAUCCUGGCGGGAAAGGCUGUGUUUUUGGAGCAAGAGGCAACGGCAGAGGGUGUAGCUCCUGUUUUAGGGGCCGGAGCUCCUGGGGCUCCAUUCUCAGCAAUACCGCUGUCUCGUGUACUGCUACCCAUAAACGGCCCCCAAGAGAAUGGUUCUGAAUCUCCCGUAUCGCCUCUGACCGCUGCAGCAUUUGAGGGCUUAUUUCUGUCUCUUCUGUCCUUGCUUUUGCCCCCCAAACCUAUCGCUCCACAGCCAGAUACAGGCGAUACCGCCAACGAAGGCCUAGCGAUUCCAAACCCUCUUGCUCCCCAGGCCACUCUGCCCCUUCCGGGGGCCCGUGACUGCAUCGGGGUCUUUCUACCGGAGGACGGAGAGGCACCUGGACCAGAGACGGAAGCCUUGAUGCCCUUCAGGCGCUUCUGCUUCUCCCUUACGCGUGGCUGCCCGGCCCUUAGUGGAUGGGGCUCUCCUGAAGCGGCAUCUCAGGGUGAUUUGAAGGAAGAGACCGAAGAAGGAAUGAGGCUCACAGCGGCAGAUACCUUGGACUGCAGAUUUAGCUGCUAUGCAGCAAAUGACGCAGCGGUCGCUGCACGUGGAGAAGCCCCCUCAGCCGCUGCUGCUCCCGCUGUAUUGGAGGAAGAGGGAACGUACAUCAGUAAGAAGGGCAUUGGCUGCGCUUUCAUCUGUCCGUGA